UCACACACAGCCCGACCCAUCACUGCCCACAACACGGAAGACGGACAAGGGGAGCAACUGAUCUGAUGUCUCUCCUUCUCUAUAUUUACUAGCUGAGAGAUCCCAUUUUCACCAAACCAAAUUUCCCCAGAUCCAAAACUUGCUGUUCGCAUCCACACCACCAAUGGGAUUCCCGUCAAACGGCGCCGCAUCAGAAACCACCAAGCCUCUCAAGUUCCUCAUCUAUGGGCGCACCGGCUGGAUAGGUGGUCUCUUGGGGAAGCUCUGCGACUCCCAGGGAAUCCACUACACCUACGGCUCCGGUCGCCUCGAAAAUAGAGUCUCACUCGAAGCUGACAUCGCCAACAUCAAGCCUACUCAUGUAUUCAACGCUGCCGGUGUCACUGGCCGGCCUAAUGUCGACUGGUGCGAGUCUCACAAGGUCGAGACUAUUCGGACCAAUGUGGUCGGAACGCUCACCUUGGCCGACGUCUGCAGAGAAAAGGGUCUGAUUUUGAUUAAUUAUGCUACGGGCUGUAUUUUCGAGUACGACGCCAAGCAUCCUCUCGGGUCUGGCAUCGGGUUUAAGGAGGAGGAUACUCCAAAUUUCAUCGGAUCCUUCUAUUCGAAGACCAAAGCCAUGGUGGAAGAGUUGCUCAAGAAUUACGAAAAUGUCUGUACCUUGCGUGUCAGAAUGCCCAUUUCAUCUGAUUUAUGUAAUCCCCGCAACUUUAUCACAAAGAUCACUCGGUAUGAGAAGGUUGUUAAUAUUCCUAACUCAAUGACAAUCUUGGAUGAACUGCUUCCCAUUUCCAUUGAGAUGGCAAAGAGGAACCUCACUGGAAUCUGGAACUUUACGAACCCUGGUGUGGUCAGUCACAAUGAGAUAUUAGAGAUGUAUAGGGAUUAUAUUGACCCCAACUUCGCAUGGAAAAACUUUACUCUUGAGGAGCAGGCAAAAGUAAUAGUUGCCCCAAGGAGCAAUAAUGAACUCGAUGCCACCAAAUUGAGCAAGGAAUUCCCUGAAAUGUUGCCAAUUAAGGAGUCCCUUAUCAAGUAUGUGUUCAAGCCAAAUCAGAAGACUCCUUCUGCUUGAUGCAUUAAAAUCAACGGCCCACGUUCCUGUCCAUUAAGGGAUCCAUUUCUUAAGUAUGAUUUGAACAAAUGAAUUGCCGCUGGUUUGUAAGUUUGAAAUUUUGGUGUACCCUUUUGCUAUUUAUUACAUCCUGUUCAUGAGGGUAGAUGUGAUUCCUCACAGGUUCCUCUUCCCAAAUGAUACCCAUGAUUGCAUCUAUUAAUAUUUGAAUGUUGUAUUUGUAACUUGAUCAUGAAUAAAUUAGUUGCAAGUGAUUUAUCAGGUUAAAAA